AUGGUGACGUCCAGGGCAUAUCGUAUUCAUCAUCCUAGAGGACUGGAAAAGAAGAAGAAGAUGCAGAGGCAAAGAAGUGACGAAUUCAGUCGAGUUUUGGAUCGUGUCAUCAUAGGAUGUCUUGACGUGGAUGUGGAAGUUUGUCAUAGGAUAGUGAUCGAUAUCGUUAUCGCUUUCACAAUGGAGGCUUUUGAAGAGGCAUUCUUCAAAAUACAAAAUGAAGGAUUUCCGGGCCUGCGACGUCGUCGUUACGUGAGCAACGAUUCGCAGAAGGACUCAUUGCUGGAUAAAGCUCAGUUACUGCUCAAGAACGCCGGCAAAACUUGCAUAUAUUCCCGAUUGAAAGAUGUCCAAGAAGCGCUUGGAAAGCAUUUGGAGGAAAUGAUAGUGUUGUGUGAAAAUCUACCAGAAACCGCCACUCGAGACGAGUUGACGUUGCUGUUGGGCUCAGAAGAUCUUGAAGAGUGCUUCGCUGAAGGCACAACUUAUUGUGAGUCAACUUCUCGAAACAUUUUGCUCAUGAAAGGUGGUAGCAUAAUGGGCAGGGAGUCACAGGGCAUUCUGUUUUACUGCGUAUCGCAGGCGACAGAUUUCGAAUGCAGUAGCAAAGCCGCGGAUAAACUGGUGGCCAGAUGUCGGAUGGCUCGAGCUUAUGGUGCUCAUGUUGUGGCGCUGAUUGACGACAUUCGACCGGUGUUCCUCGGUGAUAAUCUCGUCUACCAUGCCUUCUCAUCAUCCGGUGCCAGUGUGGAAUUCCUGCGAUGA